CCUUGGGAAAGCAACAGCAGCUUCUUCUGCUCGUGGGGCCUCUCUGCCAGCCGGACACUUCAUGGCUUCUCCCAGGUUAGAAACCUACUGCUGCCCGAACCGCGAUGCCGCCACGCAGCUAGUGAUGAACUUUGAGCCUGAAGUCUUCUGCGGAGUUUGCAUUGGCAGCGCCUCUGUCAGUCUGCUGCUGACCAUCCUGCAGCUCCUGCCGAAGAAGGGACAGAGCCCACGCAAGAUGCCCAAAGCCUCCUCCUCUUCCACCAUCCUUCUCCUUAUCUCCAUUUGUGACAUCCUUGGUGGCUUAGGUAUGAUCUUCAGGUCAAGUAUAUGGCUAGGCUUCCCAGGCUUCAUAGCUAACAUUUCUGUGGUGAACCGGACCGACGUGUGGCCUUCUGCUUUCUGCGUGGGGAGCGCGAUGUGGAUCCAGCUAUUAUAUAGCGCUGGCUUCUGGUGGUUGUUUUGCUAUGCUGUUGACUCUUACUUGGUGGUAAGAAGAUCAGCUGGACUGAGUACGAUUGUGCUGUACCACAUGAUGACGUGGGGCCUCGCGGUGAUGCUCUGCGUGGAGGGGAUUGCGCUGCUCUACUACCCUUCUCUCUCCAGCUGUGAAAAUGGCCUGGUGCAUGCAAUCCCACAUUACAUCACAACCUACGCCCCACUCCUGCUAGUGCUGCUGGUCAACCCAAUCCUGUUUAGGAGGACAUUAUCAGCAGUUGCCUCCUUACUGAAAGGGAGACAAGGGAUUUACACAGAGAACGAAAGACGUCUGGGGACAGAGAUCCAGAUCCGCUUCUUCAAAAUUAUGCUGGUAUUCAUCAUUUGCUGGUCAUCCAAUAUCAUCAACGAGAGCCUUUUGUUCUAUCUCGAAAUGCAGCCAGAUAUCAAUGAAAUGCCCCUGAAAAACAUCAGAAGUGCUGCACUGAUCACAUGGAUUGUAAUGGGGGUUCUUAAUCCAAUGCAAGGCUUCCUCUUCACGUUAGCUUUCUAUGGCUGGACGGGAUGGAGAGUGGACCUGAAAUGGCGAAAAAGAGAAAUAACCUGGGAAUCAAUGUCUUCAUCAACUGUGGGAGAAAAUGCCUAUCCCUCACCAGUGAACUACCAAAGCAACCUCCAUGAUUCGAAGAAGAUAUCAACAACUGACAGCCAGCAGACUGAUGAGGCCAUAAGCAUGUUGUCUGAAGGUAACACCAGUGGUGAUGACAGAUUAACCAGGAGCUCUCCCAUCUACCAGGGCUGGUAG